AUGUAUUUGCAGGAAGUAGUGACGAUUACGAUGAAUAGACCAAGAAUGCCAUUGCGUGAGUUAUCAAGCUCCAGAAUAAAUAAAAUUGGGAACACGCAUGCUAAGGCAAAGAAAGCAGGCUGUGCAACAGCGCUACCGUCUAUUAAAUCGCUGAUAGACUGUACAACGACAGUCAGUGCAUCCGUCACUGUGCCUAAAGCCAUUGAACCACAGGAAAAGCUGUCACGAGAAGAGCUCAACGAAAUUGCAAAGAAACUCAGGGUUCGGUUGCAAUUUGCAUAUUUCAAGCUGAAGAACAAUCAGACAGGAGUGAAAUUCAGAGAACUACAAAGACAGAAGCAAAGGGAAGCAGAAGUACCUGUAAGUCACAGCAUCAAGAGAAGGAAACUGCUAGUAAAUCAUGGUAACUUAAAGACACCGGCGAGAUCAAGACUACAUGAGAAAGCGCUGGGAAAAACAGAUACGGCCAAUACAAGUGUGGAUAGCAGCAUUCUCGAUGAGAAAAGCUCUCAGAACUUUCUCAAAUUCUAUCACAAUACUACGCCGCUUGGAAAAUCAUCAUUGACUUCACAACAGUGUCAAAAACAAGAUACUCCAAUGAGCGUUAAAGCUGCAAAGUCAUUAUUACAUCUGUUUACCAGCAGCCAACAGUAG